GAUGCAGUAUCGAGAAAGGAAGUGCCGAUGACGACAGCGCCUUUGUUUAGUAAUCAGAAACCGCAUUAAAAUAUUAAACCGUCACAGUGACAGUGACUGUAUAAUGUAUAUGUAGUCUGUGGCACAGCAGUGAUCAUCGGUGACGUUCGUCUCUUCUCGAUUGUGGCCAUAAAUAUCACCAUGGACAGUGAACCUUUUGUGAUUAGAGUGCAGCCUGCAAUAAAGCAUUAUGGUCCUCCCGAGGCCUACAAGAAUGAUUCGUGUCCCAGAGGAGCUGUCUUCAUCGCAAACUACAGAAAUUUUGAUAAAUCUAAAAAUCUUCGUCUCAAGGAAAGAACUGGAAGUGAAGUGAAUGUUCGUCAUCUUGAAGAACUUUUCACUCAAAUGGAGUACGAAGUGACGAAAUUCGAUGAUCCAGGAACAAAAGACGAUACAUUGGCUGCACUUGUGCAUUUCCGCCAACUUGAUAUUCAUAAGAAUGCCGAUUCACUUAUAGUGAUUUUUAGUAGUCAUGGAAAAGAAGAUGAAUUGUUUACAUCAGAUGGACAGCUUAUACAUUACAAAAGUAUCUGCCAAAUGUUUAGUGAUGAAAAUUGUCCAGAUUUGAUUGGGAAGCCAAAGCUCUUCAUGUUUCAGUUUUGCCGAAAUGAACAACAGCAUAGUACUACUCCACUUGCCUCCAGUGACUCCCCAGCGCACAAGUGCACACGCCGUGGAGUAACUUGUACUUACGUCUGUUUGGCCACUGCUGAAGGACAAACAUCUUACAGGACGAGUAAUGAAGGAGCCCUCUUCCUCCAUGAAGUCUGCAAAAUUUUCAUGGAAAAUGUCAAAGACAAACAUUUUGACUCCCUCAUGAAAUUGGUUUCAGAAAACCUCUUGAAAGACCAGGCUGUAGAAAUACAAGAAUGGCGUUUGACGAAAUGUUUUUACUUUAAUCCUCCACUUAUUGGACAAGAGGCUAUAACUCAUAAUUCCACCAAAGUCCCUUCAGUGACAGACUUACCAGCGGAGCCGCCUGAACUGCAAAUGGAUGAUGGUGUCUAUAAGAUGUCCAGCAAUCCCAAAGGAAAGGUUUUGAUCAUCAAUAAUCUGGAUGGAUGUAUAGAUGAUGAAAGCAAACUAAAGGAUAUAUUCCAUCAACUUGGCUUCAGCACUUCACGACCCAUCAAUAAUGUUUCUUAUGACGAGCUAAGAACACAUUUUGAAGACUUCAAAAUGCAGAAACAUCAUGAUGCUGCAAUAAUAAUUAUCUAUGGACGUGGGUUUGAAGAUCAUGUCGUGUGCUCUGAUAACAAAGCAAUUAGCUAUAGAGACAUGAUAAAAAUGUUCCAGGGUGAAAACUGCUCAGAACUUGAAGGGAAACCAAAAAUCUUUAUCAUCAAUUAUUGCUGCUUUGACAAUCCAUCAACAAAACAGGCAGAGCAGGGCCAAAGUGAUGGUAGCAACUCGAGGCCUACCGAGUGUGAGAUCAUGAAAGCAAAAACAGUUUCAAAAGCUGCAGACAAAGAUACGUUUAUUUAUGGAGUGGAAGUAGGAGGAGGAAACUGUGAGCAAGGUUCACUGUUAACUCAAGCUUUGUAUCAGGUAUUACUAGCUAAACAGAACACUGAGACUGAACUCAUCCCUUUGCUCCGACAAGUUAGUGACACGCUUGAAAAACUGAGUAAGGAAAGCACUACAGAAUAUUUUGUUGUUACGUACAACUUCAGAUUUGAGAAAAACUUUUACUUCAGUCUGCAGAACCCUAAUCCAUUAGUAAUGGCUACAGUACCUAGUGCAACUGGAAGACAUUUGCAUCCCAAGAACAGAUGGGUCAUUCCUCCAGUUAAGACACCAGUGGUGGGCAGUAAUUUAUAUAAGAAUACGUCAUUUCCUCGAGGAAAAGCAGUCAUAAUUUGCUUCUCUAAUUAUGAGUCAAAGCUACUUCCUAAGAGCUAUGAGUUGUUGAAUGAAGUAGACAAGUACAGACAAAUUGUUGAGGAUCUUGGCUACGACGUCAAACUUCUGAAGGACUGCACCCAUGAAUCUAUAAACUAUUCACUGAAGAGUUUGGAUGGAACAGAUGCUGUUGACUCACUCAUGAUUAUAGCGUUUGGCUAUGCUAAAGAUGUGAACACUUUGUAUGAUGUAAAUGGACAAGAGCUGCCUGUGUCAGACAUUUUCCACGUUUUCACAGACAGCCAAUGUCUAGAUAUGAGAGGAAAGCCAAAAUUAUUCUGUUUUCACAUGACAAUCCUCGAUAACUUGCAAGAGUUUUGUCUACUGCCACCUAAAACAGACUUAAAAGAUGCAUUUGCAUAUUUCCUAAUUUGUUCCCUUUCAGAUAACAGUGAAGGACAUCCAAGAAGGGGACUGGAGAGCAUUUAUGAAGCAUUAGAAAGAGGAUCGUCAACAUCCACAGAUGUAGAGACCAUAAUAAGACAAGCUGAAGAGCAACUGGCCAAACAUCCAGAAAAACGAAACAGUGAACGUUUAUUGAUCGUGCCUAUCCAGUUCCAAAAAGAAUUCGUUUUCAAUCCCACUUCUCUAACGAAACAAUGAACUAAAUGGUAACUUAAUGGCACAGAUAGCUGCUAAAUGCGCCUCUACAUUUAGUUCUGAGAUGAUUGCAUAUACAAGGAAAACCAUAUUGAAGAACAUUACAUUUCAAAUCCCCACACCUUGAAAGGAGACCAGAGCAAUCCUUACCCUAUAGCUCUCUUGAAUCCUUAGACCAACUUCAUCCUUUUAACUUCACACUUGUGAGAUUCAAACUGAAAGCUAUCAUUUCAGGUUACCUAACAAAAAUCAAUUUUGUUUUAAUUUUAGUUAUUCCCAUUAAAAAUCAUUUGACCUUGUUAGCUACAUGUGAUGCCGAUCAAGUUUCACCAUGCGUAAAUGAAAAGAGGUGUUUUCAAGUCAUGAUCAAUACAAAUGUUCAGUAUUCACAAUGGCCCUGUGAGAAAUUCCUCUCACAAAUAUUUUUUUCUAAUGUUUUUGUCUGUUCACUUGUUUCCGUGUUAUCUAUCUCUUAUUAUCUGUCUCAUAAAAAAUGACUGAUUGACUUUUCGUCAUGAAUUGCCUUGUCAGGUAGUAAUCGACAGAUAGGAACUAAAUUACAUGUAUUUCUAUUCAUGUGAAAACCAAAUAUAUUUGCAUGCCUAUGAAUAUUUUGUAAAAAUAUGUAGUACUACGUCUCUAUUGCAUGUCAUAUUAAGGGUGAAAGAACCACAUCUACUCGAAAAUGGCACUCUUAACAUUAUUUUUCUGAUCUUUGCUGUUCUAGCAUGUGGUGCGGUUAGCACCAAAAGAUGGUUUUUUACACAAAGACGAAGUUCUUUUGACGUAAACGUCAAUAGACGUUUUAGUAACGAAGUAUAAGUACUGUUUGAUAUGUGAUUAUUUAUAUAUCCCUAUAUGCAUAAAAUUGCUCAUGGUGAAAAUAAUUCGCAUAUCACGUAUGUAAGAGUUGAAGGUGUAACUUUCAGUAAAAGUUUCAACUAAUAAAAUCUUUUUAUACACCUCCAAAGGAAAUGAGAAAGGUAAUGACAAAGAUGUGAAUAUUAUUUGAAUGCGCAUGUGCGGUUUUAUAAGCAAGUAUUUGAUGUAGAGCAUAGAUAUCUAUGAUGCAGAGGGAAGCAAACCAAAUGAUUUGCUAAUGAAAUCCUGGGGGAAAAAACCCCUUCAUAAUGGGUAUUCAAAUGAUCAGCCAUCAUUAAACAAUUGCACAAGAGGGGCAUAUGUGGAAGAAUUAUCAGAUUUAUAUAUUCCUUUUUAAUGGACAGAUUUUUAAAGGUAAAAGUGGGAAACUCUUUCCUCCGUAAGGACGGCAUUUUGCCAAAUGUCCGUCCUUCCUCUGCACAUACCUUUUACACCAUAUACUGAAAUGUAGAGCAUUUCACAGCCUAUCUGCCGAUAUAUAUAUCAUGUAAAGAUGUACUCUCUGCACGAAGAUAUAUGUAUAUUUCCAGCUGUGAUGAAACACAAUCACAGCAGGGGCUCUGUUUCCGUCUGCACUGCUGCCUCAUAUACAGCCAUCUCUGUUCAUUAAAAUUUCUAUGGGCUGCGCUAGGAGCAAGAGCCUGUAUUGGCUUAAGGCCAGCUUAAUCUCAAACAACAUUCAAUAAAGUUAGUUAGAACUUUCUCCUUCUCUGAUUCCAGUCCUCACAACAGGUGACCUCCUGGAUUAGGACGGUAGCAACUCAGGCCACCUGCCCCAGAAAACCUUUAACUGACCCAUACAGUGCUCAGUCUAGGUUCUCUGGGGUUCCUAUCUGCGGUCGACCACAACGCCAUUAGCGGACUCAAAAUGGCAUGUCCUCUACAGGAGUGUUUUGGCAUUUAUCUCACGGUUUGGCCCGCCAUUUACAACACCUGUCGACUGUAAAAGUGAGUUGGCAGACAUGGAGAACUUGGUUAAAAACUGGGAGCUGUCCGUUGCCAUUCCUUCUGGUUCUUUGAUGCUCUGACCAGAGGCACGAUCCAUGCUCUUGCCAAGGGGGUCCCCUGAUGCCCUGACCCGCCCCCGAUCGACGUCCUUGCACAUCGCCACCACACUGGUGGAGCCCCACUCCGUCAAACUGCCACCCUUCUCCAAACAGAAUGUCACAGCCUGGCUACUCCGCAUGGAGAUCCAGUUCUGGCUCCAUGGUAUCAUCAGGGAAGGAACCAAGGUGGACCUAAUCGCUGCAGCCUUCCCGGAGGACGUGUUCAACCACCUCGCCCCCUGGAUGGCUAGCCAGCUGGGAGUGGUGCCCUACAAAGGCCUCAAGACCCAGCUCCCUCCCGGUUCCUGAGAGAGCCGCCCACAUCUUCGACCUGGUGGUCAACCCCAUGACCACUGCGAACCCGAGGAUGGCCUGGCACAAGUUCCGGGACCUGAUACUACUGCCGGAGGUGGAUCAUCAAGGGCACAGGAAGGAGGUAAGCCUCCUUAGACAGCUCUUCCUCUGCCAAUCUGCACCCCAGGUCCACAGCCAGAUCCCCAACGCGGAAGACCUGGACAUGGAGAGCCUGUUGGAUCGCGCCUUCGACCUGUUCACCGCCACCCAGGCUGCAAAACUCUCUGCCCCAUUGUCAUCCAACAGCCUGUAGCAGGAGGAACCCGAGGUGGCAGUGAUCAGUGCAGUCUUCCAGAGGAGAACCUCCACAACUCCACAGGACAAAGGUUGGUGCCACUUCCACCAGAAGUUCGGCAGUAAGGCGAGGAAGUGCAAGUGCCCCUACUCCUUCGUGCCUCAAAAAUACGACGGAGGCAGCACCCAAGGCUGCCCCUGGGGAGCGGCAUUAACAAAGUCUUGCCCUAGAGGAUUUUACGUCGACACCAUCUCCGGCCACAGGAUGUUGGUCGACACUGGUACCAUGCAGUCGGUGUUCCCGCCAUCAGCACAGGACCGCAGUCGCACCCCCAAUGCCUCGACCGCCCUCAUAGCUGUCAACGGAACCGCCAUCCUGGGCCAGACCUACACCUGGCCCUUCGUCAUCACCGACAUACGUCUCCCUCUCCUGGGGCCGGACUUCCUAUCCCACCACUGGCUCUUUGUAGGUGUAGCCCACGAACGCCUCCUUGACACUGAGACCUGCCUCUCUCGCCCACUCACCACAGGACUCAGGGCACCCACCAUCUGCUCCAUUUUUCCCCACAGGUAUGCCUCCCUCCUACAAGAGUUCCCAGAUGUCUUCCGACCCGAGCUUCACCAGGUGGCAGGGGCCACGCAUAAGAACGGUGUAUACCAUUACAUCACACCAAAUUCCACUGCCUCCCACCAAAGCUCCUUCAGGAAGCCAAAAAACGAAGGCAGAUGGCACAUAGAGGCCCUGCGGUGACUACCACCGCCUGACCUCGUCACCACUCCAGACAGUUGCCCCCUGCCGAACAUGCAGGACUUCACUGGGCCUCUCCACGAAGCAAAAAUCUCUAAAAUUGACCUCUUAAAGUCCUACUUUCAGGUUCCUGCCACCUUCGGCCUGCAGAACGCCAGAGCCACCUUUCAGCUCCUUAUGGACAGCAUCCUUGGCAACCUACCCUUCUGCAUCUGCUAUGUGGAUGACAUCCUCAUAUUUUCCAGAUCACCAGAGGAGCACCUGAACCAAGCGCCUGUAUGAGAAUGUGCCUGUCACCCAUUUCGACAAGUGCACCUUCGGCGUGGAGAAGGUGGAUUUCCUCGGCCACAGGAUCACCCCAGCAGGAUUAUGUCCUAUGGCGUCAAAGGUGGCUGCAGUGGAGAAAUUCCCGACACUGACGACAGUCCAGGCCCUGCAAGAGUUCAUCGGGAUGGUGAAUUACUACAGAAGAUUCAUCCUGGACAUUGCCCGCACCAUGUGUCCUUUGACCAAGGUCCUGAAGGGCAAGCCAAAGAAGCUGACAGGGGAAGAAGCCCAACAGAGUGCCUUCGACUGCACCAAGUCAUCCCUCAGCAGAGCCACAAUCCUGGCUCACCAGGACCCCGACGCAUCCCUGACACUCACCAACACGGCAUGCGGUGCCGUCCUGGAACGGCUGAUCAACGGGGUCACCACACUGCUAGCCUUCUUCAGCAGGAAGCUGAAACCCACCGAGACCAGCUACAGCACCUUCGACCACAAGCUCCUCUCUGUCUGCCAGGCCGUCCGCCUUUUCAAGUAUCUCCUGGAAGGCGUCCCAUUCACCGUAAAGACGGACCACCAGCUGCUGGUCCAUGCCUUCGUCAAGGCAGGUGACGCUUGGUCUGCAAGACAGCAAUGUCACCUCGCAGCCAUCUCCGAAUUCGGGUGCUCCAUUGAGUACGUCCUUGGUGGAAGGAACCCUGUAGCCAACGCCCUCUUGAGGAUCGAGAUAAAUUCCCUGCACCUCGGCAUGGACUGCAAGCCCUAGAGCGUGAGCAAGCCUCUGACCCCCGAAGUACCAGCCUACCAGACUGCCAUCACCACCCUCUGAUGGGAGGACAUUCAGCUUGGCCCUUCCAAGACGACGCUCCUCUGCAACACCAGCACCGGCACCCAUGCCCCAUGAUACCCGCCUCCCAGAGGAAGUAGGUAUUCGACAUGAUCCAUGGUCUCUCGCACCAGUUGUCACACAUAACAAGCAGACUCAUGACAGAAAGGCUUGUUUGGCACGGCAUCAAGAGGGACUCCCUGGAGUGGGCCAGGAACUGCAUCGUGUGCCAAAGCAGCAAGACAGGAAUGCACACCAAAUACGGAAUAGGCACCUUCCCUCAACCCAGGUGGAGAUUCAGGCAUAUCCACAUCGAUGUCUUGGGGACCCUUCCUCCAUCCGAUGGUACCAGAUACCUCCUGACUAUGACUGACCUGUCCAACAGGUGGCCAGAAGCCACUCCAAUCAGAAGCCACUGCAGACGCCUGCCCCGAAACCCUCCUAUCCAGCUGGAUCAGCUGCUUCGGAGUGCCAGAUGACAUCACUAUAGACCGGGGAACCACCUUCACCUCAGAACUCUGGACCUCCCUAGCACGCCUGAUGGGGACCAAGCACCAUACGACCAUGGCCUACAACCCUGCAGCCAACAGCAUGGUGAAAAGCACCCAUCACUCCCUCAAAGCCUCCUUGAUGGCAUGCUGCACAGGUCCCGACUGGAAGGUAUAGUUACCAUGGGUCCUUCUCGACCUCCACACUGCCCCAAGACCCAAAGGCAACCCGUUACCAGCAGAAACGGUUUAUGGCGAGAACCUGACAGUGCCAGGUGAAUUCUUCCGUGCUGACAGCAACGACCCCAACAUACUACUGGGAAGACUCUGGACAGCCACCCAGAAAUUCGUUCCCUGCCGAGAGACCUACACCAACAGGAGGCAGUAGUUCCGACCGGGGGCCCUGGACUCCUACAAGUAUGUCUUCAUACAGAAAAAUGCCACCUGCCCGCCCAUGAUGAGACCCCACCGAGGACCACACCGCAUCAUCCGCCGAGAGGAGAAGGUGUUCCUCAUCUCGAUUGGCAGCUGCGAGGACUGGGUCUCGAUAGACAGACUGAAGCCCGCCGUCGUUCCCAAUGAAGACGGCCUCACAGAAGUUCCUCACAGUACAGUGCCCCGCAACACAGCCUCGCUGGAAUCCGACAGCGCCCCCAGACGUUGCCGGGGCUGCCCAAGGAAAGCAGACAAACUCCCCAGGCCCACCACCAGGGGCAGCAUCCUGCUUCCUGACUCACCGGACGACGAGGACCCGGAAGACGUCCCCCGACGGAUGGAAUCUCGAACCCGCAGACUCCUCCAGCCCCCCUGCAAGAUUCCACUGACCAUAAGCCAAUGAUUAUUACUUAAUCAUUGUCUGAAGGGGGGGGGAGGUUAGUAUUUGUAAGGACAGCAUUUCACCAAAUGUCCGUCCUUCCUUUUACACCAUAUACUAAGAUUUAGAGCAUUUCACGGCCUAUCCGUAAAAAUGUACUCUCUGCACAAAGAUAUAUGUACAUUUUCAGCUGCAAUGAAACACAAUCGCAGUAGGGGCUCCGAACCCUUUUUGUAUGCGCAUGCGUGAUGGACACUAUGUUUCCGUACACACUGCUGCCUCAUAUACAGUCAUCUCUGUUCAAUAAAGUUAGUUAGAGCUU